AGCAACAUCGGCCACUGGCACAAUAUAAUACUGAUUGAUCCGCGAGCCGAGCGAAAGGGAUUUACUUUAUUCAACCUUUCAUUUCAGCCGUCCUUUAUUUUAUUCAACUAAAACAAUGGCAGACACACAAGUUGACUCUGGCUCGGAUAUCUCUGCCAAGGACCUGAAAGAGAAGAAGCUGGCCGAGGAGAAGGAGAACGGCAAAGAUGCUGCCACCAACGGGAAGGAGAAUGAGGAGAAUGGCGAGCCAGAGGUAGAUGAAGAAGAAGAUGAGGAGGUAGACGAGGAGGACGAGGAAGAUGAUGGAGAAGGUGAUGAGGAGGAUGAGGAGGAAGAUGAUGAUGAGAUUGAGGGCGGCACAAAACGGGCAGCUGAGGAUGAUGACGAUGAGGACGACGUCGACACCAAGAAGCCGAAAACCGACGAUGACGAUUGAUGCGUUUUCCCCCGCGCCAUCCUGCUGAACCACUUCCUGAUUCUUCACCUCUGACCUCUUUUACACGUCACAGGUGGAGGGGCUGGAGGACUGAUUAAAGGAAAAAUAAUAAUAAAAAAAAAUCAACAUGGUCAUUAGCAAGUAGAGUUCAACACCCAUCCACCACGUCCACACACUCGAUCUCCCCUCAAAGCUGCAAAACAAAUUUUCUAGAGGACCCGCCACCACACGACGCAGAAAUCUGGCUUCUCUUCAACACCAUCAAGAAAGGAGAAUUUGUUUGUAUUUUUAUUUACAUUUUAUAUUUUUGUACAUAUUGUUAGGAGGGGGAUCAGUUUCUCUCUCGGCAGCGAUCUCGUCAGACCAAAUCGGUGCUUCUUCUUUAACAAAAGAUUUUACUUGGUUGACCAUGUUAAAAUAUCUCGACAGAUACUAGAAAAAACAUGUAAAAAAAAAAGUUUAAAAAAACAUGAAAGAAAACCUCUUAAGCCGUUGAACUCAGAGCAUUCCAGUAAAUUUAAUGUAUGUACUUUAGCUGUACCAUAACUAGUUUGUUUGUAUGGGAGGGUAAGGCCAAAGAAAAGAGCCUCUUUUCUUUUUCCUUUUUAUUUGUUUUUGUCAGCGACUUUUUGUUUUAUGACGGCCUGUUUUGAUGUAUGUGCGAAGUUUGUUGUUUGACAAUAAACCGGAUUUUAUUUUGUGAGUUGUA